UUCUCCACAUUGCAUUGAGCUUCACACAGUUGUCUCAGCCUCCAGCCCACCUCGGUGAAGGAGAACCUACACCUUCUGCAAGAUAUGGACUUCAAUGGGACAUGGCAGGUCUACUCCCAGGAGAACUAUGAGGAGUUCCUGAGGGCCAUGGAACUCUCAGAAGAUGUCAUCAAGACGGCCAAGGACAUCAAACCGAUUACUGAGAUCAAACAGAAUGGUAAUGAUUUUGUAGUUACUACCAAGACCCCUGGAAAGACGGUGACCAACUCCUUUACCAUUGGCAAGGAGGCUGACAUCACCACCAUGGCUGGCAAGAAGCUUAAGUGCACUGUCUGUAUGGAGGGUGGCAAAAUGGUCUGCAGAACUGGAAAGUUCUGCCAUAUGCAAGAGGUCAAGGGAGAAGAGCUGAUUGAGACAAUAACUAUGGGCUCCGAAACUAUGGUCAGAAGGAGCAAAAAGAUAUAAAGCUGACAGGAACAAAACCAAUGUCUAUUUAAAUAAAUGCAUUGCCACAUA